GCGACGAUCGUCACCAUCAGAUCACAUCAUAUCUCAUUUAGAUCAUCGCCCACCUUCCUCUUCCGCCAAAAUAGUGAAACAACACUCCCGACUUUCCCUCUCUCACUUCCCCGUCUUCCUCCCUCUAUCGUUCUCUCCCAACUUUCCUUGAAAUUUUCGAGUAGCAGGAAGAAACAGAGGAAGCAACAGGUCGAUAAAUGGCGCAGAAUUUUACCGCACCAGAAGAAUGAGCAGGAGAAGAAGAAAGAAGAAGAGAUAUUAAUGGUGUUGUCAUCUACCGUUCUUCUUGUUGUGCAAAGCAGCGGCCGUGACGGCGACGGACUGAACUGAAGUACUGUAAAUAUUAGUCGACGGAGGCGAUGAAGAACCGUAGGAAGCGCGACGUCGUUUCAUGGAGCAGGUUCUUCUGGUGCACUCUCUUCACCGUUUUCUCCUGCGUCUUGCUAUCCGCUUCUUUGUUCGUCUCCACUUUUCGCAUCUUCUUUGGAGAAACGUUUCGUCCUGUGCUUGCGUCCACGUGGCGGACUCCGGCGGUGGAGGCAGUCGCGGCCGAGUAUUUGGUAUCAUCGGCGGCGAUUCCAGUUUAUGAGACGAUUAUGUUUCCCGAUCAGAUUCUGAUUUUCCUAAAAUACCCUUCGCCGGCUCGUUUAUUUACGAAAGAGGAUCUUCACUGUGUUUAUUCCUCGUCUAACUGCUCAUCCUCCCAGCUCAAACAGCCGCCAUCUCGAGUCGACAUGAAGGAUCUGGAAGUUCAGAUCGUACGGUGCCCGGUCGCUCCACGUGGCUUCACCGUGUCCCUAGCCACGAAACCAAACUCACACAUCGCUGACGUCGGGCCCGCCCACAAGUGGGACCUCCUCGUGUACGAGGCCUUGAUCGACUGCGACGGUACCACGAUAGUUUUCGUGAAGGGACUGAAUAUACGGCCAGAGAAACUCUCCAAUGCUUCGAGAUAUGAGUGCGUGUACGGCUGGGACUUCACUAAGCCCAAGUUGCUGCUAAGAUCAGAGGGUGUCUCCGUUGCACAGGAGAUUGUACGGUGCAAAACUCCCAUGAGCCUGUUGAACGGUCAACAAAGAGUCAACAACAAUUCGAUCAAAGUCUCCGUAAGAGUGAAAGGGAACGGAGAUAGUGGAACAUUACCCUCCAUAGCCCGCCCGAGGAUGAUCGGUCGGGCGUGUCCGCAUCCGGAUUCGGCCCGAAAAGAGCACGAGAUCUGCGUCUGCACAAUGCUACGAAACGGAGCUAGAUUCUUGAAGGAAUGGGUCAUGUACCAUGGCCGAAUCGGAGUCCAGCGCUGGUUCAUCUACGACAACAACAGCGAAGACGAGAUUAACGAUGUGAUCGACGAGUUAUCAAAGAGUAAUCACCGCAUAACCCGACACGUAUGGCCAUGGGUCAAGACCCAAGAAGCCGGGUUCGCCCACUGCGCCAUACGAGCUCGUGAAUUGUGCGAAUGGGUCGGGUUCAUCGACGUCGACGAGUACUUCCACCUACCAACACCGGAUUUACCGACUAUCCAAGACGUGAUCAGAAACCAGACUGCCACGACGUCGUUUAACGUCGGCGAGCUGCGCGGUUCGUGCCACAGUUUCGGACCAUCGGAUCUUACGAGAAUCCCCCCAGAAGGAGUGACAGUAGGGUACACUUGCCGGCUACAGAGGCCGGAGAGACACAAGAGUAUAGUGAAACCGGAAGCCAUGAACACGAGCUUGAUAAAUAUAGUUCAUCAUUUUCACCUGAGCGAAGGUUACGUGUCCUUAAACGUGGACAAAGAGUUGAUGGUGGUUAACCAUUACAAAUACCAGGUUUGGGAGGUUUUCAGGGAGAAGUUCUAUAGGAGGGUAGCUACGUACGUGGUGGAUUGGCAGAAUGAGGAGAACGAAAGUUCUAAGGAUCGGGUUCCCGGGCUGGGGACUCGGGCCGUUGAGCCGCCGGACUGGGCUGGCCGGUUCUGUGAGGUGAGGGACACUGGACUUAGAGAUAGGGUGAUGGAGAUGUUCAGUGAUGCUAAAACGCACCGUUUGCCGUGGGAAGAGGAGGAAGAACAAGCAAAGAUGAGUUAGUGAAGUUUGUAUAUAUGUUUUUUCUUCUCUUUGUAUUAAUACUCAAAUAACAAACUCAAGCAAACCAUGAUAACCAUUUUUGUUUUCUAUUCUUGAGUCUAGAUGUAAGUUACCGUUAUAU